ACAUACGGGAAUUUCGCCGGCCAUCGCGACACGGAAAAUCCCCUUCUCUCGUUUCCUCCUCUUCUAAGGGGUUUCGCAUUCUAAACCCUUGCGGCCCCUGAGACGUCAACAGGGGUCGGCCGGCGGGGGUGAGGGAGCUCAGGUCAACCAUUGCGACGUUAAUCAUUACCUCUGAUUUAUUCGUUUAUCGGUUUUAUGUAAGUUUAGUAUUGAGGAUUUGGAGACCUUUUUGGAGAGGAAAAUGGACGACGAUAUGGAUUAUUUCGUUGAGGUUGAGCAGGAUGAAUGCCACAAGCCAUCGGAGAUUGAUUUGGAUUACGAGUUUGAUGCCGCUCGUUUCUUCGAUUUCUCCCACUCCGAGACGAUCUUCGAGAUCAUAGAAGCCGAGCUUUGGUUCCAUGCCUCCGGCAAUUAUCCGCCUUCUCCUUUAAUUAUCAAGACAAAUUGGGGGAGUGGCACUUCUUCAGAACAGAAGACAGCAGGAACAUCAAGUGAUAGUAGCAUGUCUCAAGAAACUCCAGAAUCAAAAUCAAAAUCAGCACCCAAAUUAUCCAAACACAGGAUUUCAACAUUAAUGAAACCCACUGCUAGUCACCUGGCCAAGCUAAACCAUGCUCAGAAAGUAUAUUCUACUCACAUUGGUGAAAGAUCACUGAAGGCAGCCAAUAAGUCUGAUGAGCAAAGUCUGCAAAGUUCUUCUGGAUUCGAUAAUCUAGCUACCAAACGACAAAAACUAGAGACUGGUUACUUGUGUAAGGUUUCUCAUCUGAAGCAUCAAGCUCAGAUGUUACACAAAUUAUCCAAAAAGCAGGGUGGAUUUCCUGUUUCCAAUAACUUAGUUAACUAUAAGUUAAAGGUCACUGUUCCCAAACAGCCUGAACUGAAAACACUGCAUAGAGCGCAAAUCCGGAGUUUCAGGUCCAAGAGUGAUUUGCAGUCAAGUGAGCAUGAAAAACAGAAAACUAAUACCCUUAAAGCAGUGCCAUUGAACAAAAAAAUUCCUGAGGCUUGUCUGAAGCCCCAACCUAAGAAGAGCAAACAGAAAUUGCCAAAUUUUCGAGAGUUUCACUUGAAGACAAUGGAGAGGGCAACGAUACAUUCCCCUGAUAAUUUAUCAAGUCAUCAUACUGCUAAUUCUGUUGUACAAAGCACAGCCACUUACCCCAGAAGACCAAAAGCUCCAAGUCCAAUGAAGCCUGAGAAAAGUGAAAGGUCACCCCAGACCAACUCUGGCCUAUCUAAUAGGAAACUUUCAUAUGGGGAACACCAUGCUCAUGCUGUAUGUCAAAAUACCAGAGAAGGGACUACACUCCAUAGACAAUCCCAAUCUUCAAAUAAUUUGAGACUAUUGCAGCAUCCUCCAACAGAAUUAUUUAACAAGAUGUCCCUUGUACCUGACACAGACACUGCUGCUGCAGCAAUAUCUCAGCCAAAAUUGCGUCUUUCUGGAAAGGGCAUGAAAGAGAACGCUCCAGAUCCCUCCCGAAAUGGAUCUUCAGUAAGCAAGCAAUACCAGCAAUUUCAAGAUUCUUUCUUACUUAAAAAAUCAAAUUAUUUUCUUUACUGUUAUUCUCAAAUGCAGAAAUAUGGUGGGAAACCAAACCAUAGUGGAAUAGGGAGGACUACUUCCAAGAUUGUAUGCCAUCCCAGCGUCAACAGAAAGUUGGGAAUUCGCUGAGGAGCAAGAAAUGUACCUUUUUUCCCUCUAUGCGAGACAUUAAAUGAUGGAGAUCCUUAGCUUGUUGCCAGGCAUUGUGUCUGUUCAUGAGACAUUGAAGUGUUGCACCUAACCAUUUAACCGGUCUCACAGUUUCAAGCAUCUGUUGAGAGGGAGAAAAGAAAGGGGAGGGGAAAUUUGAAACUUGAAAGUCUCUCAUUUCAGAUACAUGGUUCAUUACAUCCAAAAGGCGUGUAUAUAGCAAUUUUUAGUAUUGCAAUUUUUUAUUUUUAUUUUUGUUUCGCCUUAUUCUGCAAAAAUGGCCAUUGUAUACAUCCAUCUGGAAAAGUAGAUACACUGGUACAAGAAUGUAUAGAUUUAUCACACUGCACAUACAGGAAGUUUUCUAUUACGAACUGAUUGGUUCGUGGGAAAUAAUUGAGAAUGAGUUGAAUUUAAA